AUGGAGCAGUACUUCUCAGCCACCCAGAAGAUGGAGCAGGAGGUGAUGUUCCCCAGCCUGCUCCGAGGGGUCUUCCCCCAGCAGGAGGGGGCAGCCCCGGCUGCAGAUGGACACACGGACCUCUAUGAGCGCUACCAGCUCCUCAAGGCCAUCAAGCCUGUGGUGGAGAAGGGCCUGGCCUCUGUCACCGACCAGAGCCACAGCAGCACUGACACCAGCACAGCCUUCGAUGACAGGGACACCAGCACAGCCCCGGAUGACAACGACCCCAUGGACGCCCAGCUGGAGGAGCGCCUGUCCCACCACCUGGCCGGCUUGCAGCAGGUCCUCACCCACCUCACCAGGGACACCAAUGCCCUGACCCGGAGAUACAGCCAGAUCCUGGAGCAGAUCAGCCCCAGUGAGGGACAGCCCAGCUGGUGA